AUGGGUUCUCAGACGGCCAAGGAGCCUUCCGUCACGGCGCUAGAUACCCUGGGCAGCGGCUCCGACUCGGCCAGCACAUCGGACGCUUCUUCCAAGGACCGCCUGCACGGCAACGUCUUUAUCAGUGGCGGCUCCGCGGAGCACUAUGAGCCUAUUCCCGAGUAUGAGGGUCGUCACCGGUACGACCCCAAGGCGGAAUGGACUCCGAAGGAGGAGAAGCGUCUCGUUCGAAAGCUUGACUACCGCAUCUGCUCCUGGGUCUGCAUCAUGUUCUUUGCGCUGCAGCUCGACCGCGGCAACAUUUCCAACGCGCUCGCCGACAGCUUCCUCAAGGACCUCAACCUCACGACCAAUGACUACAACCUGGGCAUGACCAUCUUCUACCUCUGCUUCCUCUUUGCCGAGCUGCCUUCGCAGAUGAUCUCCAAGAAACUCGGCCCGGACGUGUGGGUGCCCGCGCAGAUGAUUCUCUGGAGCACCGUCGCCAUGCUACAGUGCGUGAUCCGCGGCCGCACGGGCUUCUUCAUCACGCGCGGCUUCCUGGGCGCGUUCGAGGGCGGCUUCAUCCCCGACGCCAUCUUGUAUCUGUCGUACUUUUACAACAGCAAGGAGCUGCCCAUCCGCGUGAGCUACUUUUACACGGCGAGCAACCUGACGCCGAUCAUUUCUGCGUUUCUGGCGUACGGCAUCCUGCACAUGCGCGGCAUCGGCGGCUGGGAAGGGUGGCGCUGGCUGUUUGUGCUCGAGGGCGGGCUGACGGCACUCAUUGGCGUCAUCUCGUGGUUUUAUCUGCCGCCGAGCCCGACGCAGACGGCGGGGUGGCUGCGCGGCAAGGAUGGGUGGUUCGAUGAGCGCGAAGAGAUCAUCAUGGUGAACCGAAUUCUGCGCGAUGACCCAAGCAAGGGCGGUAUGCACAACCGUCAAGGCCUGACUCUGCCGUUGCUCUGGCAGGCCCUGUCCGACUUUGACCUGUGGCCCAUCUAUCUCCUUGGCUUCACGAUCUUGGAACCCGUCGCCCCGAUCCAAAACUACCUGACGCUCAACCUGCGCCAGCUGGGCUUUGACACGUUUGAGACGAACCUGCUCACGAUUCCGGGUUACGUACUCUUUGCGAUUCAGCUGCUCUUCUGGACGCGCAUAUCGGAAUGGAUCAACAAUCGCUUCUUGGUGGUAUUUUUCUGUUCCGUGUGGCUGUUCCCACUAGUUCUGUCGCUUCGACUGCUACCAGACGGCGCCAGCAGCUGGGCGCGCUAUGCCUUGACCGUGUUGGUUAUUGGGUACCCAUAUGUUCAUUCUAUUGUCGUUUCGCUGACUUCGCGAAAUGCUGGGUCUGUGGCCGGGAGAACAGUCGGCAGUGCGGUAUACAACAUGUGUGUGCAAGCAGGCAGUAUCAUUGCCUCAAAUAUCUACCGAGAGGACGACAAGCCCUAUUACCGCCGUGGAAACUCGGCAAUCCUGGGCAUCAUUGCCUGGAACGCUGUCUUCACUCUGGCCAUCAAGGGAUACUACAUGUGGCGCAACAAGACAAAGUCGAUGAAAUGGGACAGCAUGACAACGGAAGAGAAGCGCGACUACGUUGAUACAACGGCAGAGAAAGGAAGCAAGAGACUCGAUUUCAGAUUUGCACACUGA